AGUAAAUUGUUGUUUUUUUAUUGAAUGACAUUCUGAAUCGAACGAAAUCGAAUUUGGAUUUUUGCUGGUGUGCUUUGUGAUUGGAGAUUAUAAUUUGUUGAUUUCGUUGCUAUAGCCGAAAUUGCUUAGAAACUAAACAAUAUGACAAAAAAGUCAAUAACUUUGGACGUCGAUCCAACGAUAAUGGAAAAAAAUAUGAGAAUUAUAAGGGAGAGUCCAGUGGAAGAAGAAUUUAACAAACUUUUAAAUACAGUUGAGACUGUACCAACAAAACUCGUGAAACCAUCGCCAGGCUUUUGUGUGAAAACUUUUACAAAGCCAGAUGGCAAGAAGGUGUUUGUCAACAUUUGUCUGACUGAUGCCAUCAUCUGUCCACGAGACAUUACCAAUGAAGAGCUCAUGCAGAUCCUCAGUUCUGAAGACCCAUCUACAUACAGAGUACCCAUGAGUAUUGGUGAAGGAAGAACUGAACCUGACAAGUCAGGAGCACCAGCUACCGUCUACGAUGUAGCCAUAAAUCCAGACUUCUUUACAAAGAUUGAAAAAGAUGAUCUAUUCCAAACAUUCUUCCUGACUGUUGUCUUUGAAGGAUUGCAAGACAAGUAUCAGUUUGAAAUAGACAUGCAAAAGUACACAAUUUUGAAAAAUAGAAAGUCUAUUGGUACGUUGCAAAGUCAUAGAAUACAAAUAAGAGGUAUAGCACCUCCUCCAACUCAGGUGAAAGGACCUUUGAUUGAGGAGUUAGAUGACAAGGGUGUUGUUCAGAAACCAAGUAUUCCAUCGGCUGUGAAGAGAGAAUUGGAGUAUCGGCUGAGGAGGGAACCUCCUACUGGGGAAAUUGACUACUUGCUGGCUGAAAUCAAAAUACCUGCAUCUAUAAGUCUCAAUGAUCUGAACUUGGAAGUUGGUGAAGACCGACUGGUGUUGGACUCUAAAGGAGUAUUUGAGCUGGUGGAUUUCUUCCUGCCCUGCAGUGUGGACCAAGAUGCUAUUGAUGCUCAGUUGAAUAGGAACUUUGAUAUGCUGUAUGUGAAGAUGCCAGCAAUACAUUAGAUUAUAAUUAUAUUAUUGUGGAUGCUUGAAUAAAUAAAAAUAAGACUGCAA